AUGUCUGUUCAAUUAGUAGAAAAAUCAUCAAGUUAUAGUAAUGUAGCGUCGGGUACGACAAUUGCGAAAACUCCUUUUGGAAUUGAAGAUAUUUUAUACUUAAGUAACAAUAAUAAUCCACAAAGCAUUAAUAAGAAUCAUCAGUUUGAUAAUAAAAAUAUUGCAAGUCAAACAAAAAAUGGAAUGAAAAUUGGCGAAAGUGAGGAAUUUAAGAAAAUGAAUGGAAGUGAAAGACAACUAAAGCAACUCGACAAGCUCCAAAUACCUUCAUCACUUCCAAAUCUUUCACAUCCACCGCCUGGACAACAAAUGACAAUGUCAUCAGCAGGUAAUGCACCAAUUAUGUACACAACACCGUCGCCAUACAAUGAACAUCAUCAAAAUUACCUUCAAAUGCUUGGUGCAUAUCUCCAACCAUCAGCAACUGGCUAUAAAUCCAUACAUGUUGAUCCAUACUUUUUAUCACAAGGACUCUUUUCGAAUUUUCCAGGUGGUAAUGGAUGUCACAUGCCUGAAAUAUUGGGUAUUGGAAUGGGAAUGAGUGCAUUGAGACAUUGUCGAAGGAGAAAGGCUCGGACUGUGUUUAGUGAUCCUCAGCUUACGGGAUUAGAGAAGAGAUUUGAGGCUCAGAGAUACCUAUCCACACCUGAAAGAGUUGAAUUAGCGUCAGCUUUAGGAUUAUCAGAGACACAAGUAAAAACAUGGUUUCAAAACAGACGAAUGAAAUUCAAGAAGCAACUGAGACGAAAAGAUGCUGCAACCAAUGCCAAUAACUCAAAUGUUCAAGACUCAGAUUCAUCAAGAAACGACGUUACUACAACAACCAAUUCCCAACGAUUAAAUCAAACAUCAAAUGGAAAAUCAUCAUUUACAUCAUACAAGACAAACACAAAUGGAACAACACCGACAUCAAAAUCAAGUCUAAAUUGCAUUCUUCAAAAUUACACAACAAAUUCAAUUUUAAUGAAAAAUUCCAGUAGUGGUAGUGAAAAGGACUCCAUUAGUGAUGACUCGGAUGGCGAUGAGAGUGAUGUGGACAUUAUGGGUGAUGAUAUGUUGUGUUGA